AAAAAAAGGUGGGAAGGGAGAACAUCAACUCAUUACUCAUGUGAGUGCAUCCUGUUUGACUCUGUCUACACGUUGCGACUUCCCCGCCAUGAGGAGACUGCAGCUUCGUAGACAGAACACCAAAAAUCCGCCCGGAAUGAAAGCCCAUUAUUAGCUUCUGAGUUUAACCCUCGAAGCCCCCAUAGGCGUGAAGUCGUGAACGAUUAUUGCAGCAGACAUUUCAUUGACCUUCUAGAACAGGGAUUCUUUAUUUGUUUUAUAUAUUUAUGGUUUUGGGGGGUGGUUUUUCGAGAGACGAAAGUUGAAAUUAAAAGCUUGCACGUUGAGAUCGGUUUCCAUAUGCGCGUUGCUUUCCGUCGCUAUUGUCUGUUAGUCAAUGGAGAGAUACAAGUCUACGUUCAAAACUUUCACGCCAUGAGGGAGAAGAAACAACAAUGGGAUUGGCCCUGUUUAUAGCUAUUUUACAGGCUUGUGGGAAUGAGAUGCUUAACAUUCUGAUUUUUGACAAGCGCAUUUGAAGGUUAGAGGGGUGUAUGAUUCUGGGUUCCUUUUUUCUGAGGCGGAGAUUUCAAUUGAGCUACCAAUUAGCAGAUUAAUAAGUGGUGUUGCAGGUCGGAAAUAUUGCCUUUGUUUUGUGACUUUUGUCUAUAUCAGUAACAUUUUAUUUCAAUUUCUAUUUUUUAGUUUGUAAAUUUGCGGAAUUGGUUGGACCUUUCUGCAUCCGUGAAGAAUUGGUUUUAUUUCUUCCUGCAUCCGUGAAGAAGUGCUGCUUUUUUAUUUAAAUUUUAUCUUCUGGGGUCCUGGGCUUUAGGGUAGAAACCUGUUCUGGGGUUCUGGACUCAGUAGUUGGUUGGUGUUCUGUUAAAAAAAAAGUUGGAAUUUUUUGGGUUUUGGUUCUGUGAAUUGGUGGGAGGUGGUCCUUCUUGAAGAAGGUGCAAUUCGUUGGGAGUUUUUUUGCUCUUGAAGGUUGCAAAGUUCUGUUCUUUCUGGUGAAUUAAACUGUGCUGUGGGAAUUGAGGGUAGAGCUGGUGGUGGAAUAGGAUGCCUAAUGGUAGAAGAAGGAAGCUACAUAUCAGCAAGAUCUAUGCUUUCACCUGUGGGAAAGCAUCUUUCAAGGACGACCACUCUCAGAUUGGUGGCCCGGGCUUCUCGAGGGUGGUCUUCUGCAAUGAACCAGAUAGCCCUGACUCUGCUAUCCGAAAUUAUGGAGGCAAUUAUGUUAGAACAACAAAGUAUACGCUCGCCACCUUCUUCCCCAAGUCCUUGUUUGAACAGUUCAGGAGAGUCGCUAACAUGUAUUUCCUAUUCACCGGCUGCUUGUCCUUCACUCCGCUUGCUCCUUACUCUGCAGUCAGUGCUAUCCUCCCUCUUCUCGUUGUGAUUGGGGCUAGCAUGGUCAAAGAGGCGAUCGAGGAUUGGAGGAGAAAAAAGCAGGAUAUUGAGGUGAACAAUAGGAAGGUUAAGGUGCAUCUUGGUGAUGGCAAUUUUGACUAUACUGAAUGGAGGCAUCUGAGAGUUGGAGACAUAGUGAAGGUAGAGAAGGAUUCCUUUUUUCCAGCUGACCUACUCUUGCUUUCAUCCAGUUAUGAGGAUGCUGUUUGCUAUGUUGAGACCAUGAACCUUGAUGGGGAGACAAAUUUGAAACUAAAACAAGCACUGGAGGUGACUUCAGGCUUAAAUGAGGACUCCAGUUUCAGGGAAUUCAAGGCUAUUGUUAAAUGUGAAGAUCCAAAUGCAAGCCUGUACACUUUUGUUGGAAGUAUGGAUUUUAAUGAGCAACAGUAUCCCCUUAAUCCUCAGCAACUUCUACUCAGGGACUCAAAGCUUCGGAAUACAGAUUACAUCUAUGGGGCUGUCAUUUUUGCAGGUCAGGACACUAAAGUUAUUCAAAAUUCCACUGAUCCCCCAUCAAAGAGAAGCAAAAUCGAGAGGAAGAUGGAUAAGAUAGUCUACUUCUUGUUUUGCAUUUUGUUUUUAUUGGCUUUCAUUGGAUCAAUUGUAUUCGGGAUUUCAACUAGAGAGGACCUAGAGAAUGGAUGGAUGAAAAGGUGGUAUCUUAGACCAGAUGAUACAACCAUCUACUUUGAUCCUAAAAGUGCACCUAUUGCAGCAAUUCUGCAUUUUUUGACUGCACUGAUGUUAUAUAGCUACUUGAUCCCAAUUUCUUUGUAUGUAUCAAUAGAAAUUGUAAAAGUACUACAGAGCAUCUUCAUCAACCAAGAUCUGCACAUGUACUAUGAGGAAGCUGACAAGCCUGCACGAGCUCGCACCUCUAAUUUGAAUGAGGAACUUGGCCAAGUUGACACUAUACUUUCUGAUAAAACUGGAACUCUAACCUGCAACUCCAUGGAAUUCAUUAAGUGUUCAGUGGCUGGCACAGCUUAUGGCCGUGGGGUCACGGAGGUUGAGAGGGCAAUGGCUCGAAGGAAGGGGUCACCAUUGGUUCAUGAUGUGGAAAACGGUGAAGAUGACAUUGAGGAUCCUGCUCCAAAAAAGCCAUCUAUUAAAGGUUUCAAUUUUAAGGAUGAAAGAAUGAUGGAUGGGAAAUGGGUUAAUGAGCCUCGACCGGAUGUCAUUCAGAAGUUCCUUUGUUUAUUGGCAAUCUGCCACACAGCCAUACCUGAAGUGGAUGAUGUGACCAGGAAGAUUUCCUAUGAAGCUGAAUCACCAGAUGAGGCAGCAUUUGUCAUUGCAGCAAGAGAACUUGGAUUUGAAUUUUACAAGAGAACACAAACAAGCAUAUCUCUGCAUGAGUUGGACCCUGUGUCUGGCAAACAGGUUGAAAGAUCAUAUAAACUCUUGAAUAUAUUAGAGUUUAAUAGCUCAAGAAAGCGGAUGUCUGUGAUAGUACAAAAUGAAGAGGGAAAAAUACUACUACUUUGUAAAGGCGCUGACAGGUUUGUAAAAAGAAAAGACUUUAGUCUAUUUCAGGUUCCUGAGUGCAUUGACAAACUUGCACAAGCUGGAAUAAAGAUAUGGGUUUUAACUGGAGAUAAGAUGGAGACAGCCAUCAAUAUUGGUUUUGCCUGUAGUUUGCUUAGACAAGGAAUGAAGCAAAUAAUUAUCAACUUGGAGACACCAGUAAUUAAAGCAUUGGAGAAAGAGGGGGACAAGAUCGCCAUUGCCAAGGAAUCAAAAGCAAGUGUUAUCCAUCAGAUAAGUGAAGGGCAGGCACAGCUCACUGCAUCAAAUGGUAAUGAUGCAUAUGCUUUGAUCAUUGAUGGAAAGUCACUUGCAUAUGCUCUGGAGGAUGAUGUCAAGAGCAAAUUUCUACAUUUGGCAAUUGGCUGUGCAUCUGUUAUCUGCUGUCGUUCAUCACCAAAACAGAAAGCACUUGUUACACGGUUGGUUAAAAAUGGAACAGGUAAGACAACAUUAGCAAUUGGUGAUGGGGCCAAUGAUGUGGGCAUGCUUCAAGAAGCAGAUAUUGGAGUUGGUAUUAGUGGUGUUGAAGGGAUGCAGGCAGUCAUGUCAAGUGACAUUGCAAUUGCUCAGUUCCAAUUCCUGGAACGUUUGCUACUUGUACAUGGGCAUUGGUGUUAUAGAAGGAUUUCAUCAAUGAUAUGCUACUUCUUCUACAAGAAUAUCGCAUUUGGUUUCACUCUUUUCUUUUUUGAGGCUUAUGCAUCAUUCUCUGGGCAACCUGCAUAUAAUGAUUGGUAUUUAUCAUUAUAUAAUGUCUUUUUCACAUCACUUCCCGUGAUUGCUCUUGGCGUAUUUGACCAGGAUGUCUCAGCAAGGUUUUGUCUCAAGUUCCCUCUGCUAUACCAAGAAGGUGUGCAAAAUGUCCUAUUCAGCUGGUUCCGAAUAUUGAGCUGGAUGUUUAAUGGGGUUUGCACUUCCAUUAUCGUUUUCUUCUUCUGCACAAGGGCUUUGGAGCAUCAGGCAUUCCGUAAGGGAGGUGAGGUUGUUGGAUUGGAGAUCCUGGGUACCACCAUGUACACUUGUGUUGUCUGGGUUGUUAACUGCCAGAUGGCACUCUCUGUCAGUUACUUCACCCUGAUACAACAUAUCUUCAUCUGGGGUGGAAUCAUGCUAUGGUAUCUCUUCCUCUUGGCCUAUGGAGCCAUGUCCCCAAUUAUAUCUACCACUGCUUACAAGGUCUUCAUUGAAGCUUGUGCACCAGCACCGUCUUACUGGCUCGUCACACUUUUUGUGCUAAUCUCCAGCCUCAUCCCUUACUUCACAUACUCAGCCAUCCAGAUGCGAUUCUUUCCAAUGUAUCAUGAGAUGAUACAAUGGAUAAGACUGGAGGGUCAAUCUGAAGAUCCUGAGUUUUGCCAUAUGGUGCGGCAAAGAUCCUUGCGGCCCACAACAGUAGGUUAUACAGCAAGGGCAGAAGCAAAAAGAAACCGCUUAAAACAGAAGCAUCAUCAUCAGACUCCAUAAAAAAUUUGUGAUAUUAUUUGUGGGUUUUUGCUAUUGGAUGCUUGCUCAGGUGAUUUGUAAGCCAAAAUGCUGCCCAUCAAGUACAACUUGUAAGCAAACGGCUGCUUACAUUCUUCUUGACUAGAAAGCAUGCCUCGGUAAUCAUGAUUAACUGCUCAUACUAUCUUCUCCAAGUUUUACAGUCAAAAGCAGAACCUGUUGUACUAUUAGUUGAGUGGGUAGAACCCCAAAAGCUGUAAAUUUUGAUUCUUGUCCAUUUAAGGCAUCAUUUUUUUUUCAUUUUUUUUUCAAUUUUUACUCAUCAAUAUUGUAUAAUUGUCAAGAUGUAAGUAAUACUCACUCCAAUUUUGAAUAGUUUUCUUUUACAACUGUUUGUAUUCCUAUAGGAGGGGGGUACACUUCUCUGUUUCUGUAUUCUCUUCAUCAAUGUAAGUUCAAUUUUUAUCUGUUUAACUUCCUUGUAUAUCAUCUAUCAUGGUAUUUCUUGAUGCGAUCUAUGGAGACAUUCAACUCCAUCAGUUCGCUUCAUCAGAAGAAAGGAUCGAGAAAUUGCUUUUUCACA